AUGCACAUGUUUCUCUACAGAACUGUGUAAGGGCUUGAAGUGGGUUGUGUUGUUUGAUAAGAAGGAUGUAUGUGUAGGCAGGUAAUUUACCAUUAUAAAGCAGCCUUACUGUCUCUCAGUAGGAACCAUCCAGCUAGUGGCUUUUCAAGGAAUUGCAGUUGCAGAAUUGCAGUUGCAGUACUCCAACUCUGUAGUCUAAUGUGGCCUCUACUGGGCCUUGUGCACCGCCACCCUUGGGUGGCAAACGUGGCCGCUUAUGGGACACUGUUUUCAGCAGCAGAUGUGGCCCAGCAGGUGUUGGCCAGGUCUCAGUGGGAUCUCUCUGAGCUAGAAUAUUUGGAUCUGAAGCAGACAGGAAAAACAGCACUGGUAGGAUUCACCUUCCAUGCCAACUUCAAUUACAUCUGGUUCCGGAGUCUGGAGCGCCUUCUUCCAGGAACGAAUGCAGCCAGAGUGAUAGUGAAAGUUGCUUGUGACCAGGCCAUAGCAGCACCGAUCACCAUUGGAGCAUUUUAUACUGGCCUGUCUCUGCUAGAAGGUGAAAGUGAUGUUCUUGGGAACUUACGGGAGACAUUUUGGCCAACAUACAAGGCUGGAGUACUCUGCUGGACUUUGUUACAAGCAGUGAAUUUCACUCUUGUUCCACCGGUGCUGCGUACCACCUACGUGGGUGCCUGCUCUUUCCUGUGGACAGCUUUUCUCUGCUACCUGCGCCAAAAUGAUGCCCAGAAUACCACUGCCCAAAUCUUCCGGGCACUGCCAGGCUUGGCAGGUCUCUUUCCAUCUCAAGCAAAUGAGAAGGGAGUAAACUUGCCCUCUGAGAGAUAACUAAGGGACUCAAUAAAUCCUUAUAUCAUUAA